AUGGAGAAAGUUGUAGUUGUAAAUUCUACUAGAAAAAAUGCAAAGAGAGUUUUAGGCGAGAAUCUUAAAUAUGGACUUAUGAUGGUGAUGAUAAGGUUGGAUAACCCUAAGGGUUAUGUAUGUAAAGUUAGUCGAGAUGAUAUUUUGGAGGUCCCUGACACUGAAGAAAAAUUUCCAGAAGUAUUGGAAAUUUUAGCAGCUGUCCUAAAUCUAAAGGUAGUGGCGAUGAAUUAUUCGGUGGGUAAUAGCAAAACAGAUGAAAAGGUUUCCGAAUUGGUUGUUAGAAUUGAUGUCUUAGAAAAACGAUCUACAACAAAAAAUACCAUUAUCGUUAUUAUUAUCAAAACUUUUUCAAUGACUCCUAUCCUCUUUCAUUCUUCUUCACAAGCUAAUCGACAUCGAAUGGUAAAACCCAACCCAAGGAUAAAUAAACCACCACCAUCGAUUUAUAUUCUAAGGAAACAACAAGAUGCUGUGGGUAAAAAAAAAGAACUUGUCGCAAAGUCAAGACCCCUUAAAGGUAUAACAUUAAUAGAAUUAAGUGUCGAAUUUUCGAAUCUAAAUAGAAAAUACAAUGCGGUUAUAACGUCCUCUCGAUCUUUCAACACUUUCAACACGCAUCAAAAACCAAGGUUUUUCAACCCUUAUGGUCGAUUUCGGUCCAUGCCUGUUAAACUCAGCUCAAAGUCAACCACUCUCAGCAGUAUUUUUAAUAAGACUAAUGAUGUUUCAAAAUCUACUCCCAUCUCCCAAGAUAACAAUCUUAACAAACCAGACAAUAAUAGUUCUUUCGAUCCUAUAUAUCAUUAUCCACAUUUAACCAAAGAUCAAGAAGCAUUGUCAUCAAGAACACCUCAAGGUGGAAUAAUUGACAAGUUCAACUUGACAGUUAUAAAUUUUUAUGGUAAACUAAUAGUUGAAAGAAGCACAAAUAAUGAUAAUUUGCCAUCAGUAUUUGUAUAUAGUACACAAUUCAUGACCAAAUAUUUAAAUAGUGGAUAUCAAGGAGUUUCUAAAUGGACAAAAAAGGUUGAUAUCUUUUCAAAAGAUUUAUUAUUUGUACCAAUACAUAGUGGAGCACACUGGUCUUUAUGUCUUGUUGAUUUUCAAGAUUUUAGGAUAGAUUAUAUUGAUUCAAUGUAUGGUGGGGGAACAGCAAAAGGCAUGGACGAAGUAAAAGAAUAUUUAAUUAACGAAUGUCAAAAUAAGAAAGGUGAAAAUGCAAAUCUUGAUUUCAACAGUUGGGCAGAAAAUCCAAGAUUGAAGAAAGUUCCACAACAAAAAAAUUCUUAUGAUUGUGGUGUUUUUACAUUAGCUUUCAUUGAACACAUUAGUAGGCAAGCACCUUUAUUGUUUAAUCAAUCAUUAUUACCAUAUUUCAGGAAAAAAAUAAUAUAUGAGAUUGCAUCUGGUGAAUUGUUGACAUAA